AUGAAAGAAGAAUUUGAUGCCUUAAUUGAAAAUCAUACUUGGGAUUUGGUGCCGCGUCCUCCUAAUGCUAAUAUCAUUCUGUCUUUGUGGGUAUUUCGUGUCAAGACCAAGUCCGAUGGCUCUUUUGAGCGCUAUAAAGCGCGUCUUAUGGGUGAUGGUAAAUCUCAAAGGGAAGGCAUCGAUUGUGAUGAAACUUUUAGUCCGGUUGUGAAACCUGCUUCUAUUCGCAUUCCUCUGGGUUCUCGUGAUCCUACUCGUCCUGAUCAUGUUUGUCUUCUUCGUAAGUCUCUUUAUGGUCUCAAGCAGGCUCCUCCUUCCUCAGAUUCACUUCGUGAGUCCAUUAUGUCCAAACUUAGCUCUGAAUUUGCCGUGAAGGAUUUGGGUCCUCUUAAUUAUUUCUUGGGUAUUGCUGUUACUCGUACUUCUACGGGCCUUUUUCUCUCUCAACAAAGGUAUGCCUCUGAAAUUCUUGAAAAGGCUGGCAUGUCUCAAUGUAAUCCUGUUGCUACUCCUGUUGCUACCUCCGGCAAACUUUGUGCUAAUGCUGGUUCUCCUUGUCAAGAUCCUACCUUGUAUCGUAGCCUAGCUGGUGCUUUACAGUAUCUUACUUUCACUCGCCCAGAUAUUUCAUAUGCUGUUCAGCAAGUUUGCCUCUAUAUGCAUGAUCCUCGCAUUGAACAUAUGGCUGCUAUUCACCGCAUUCUUCGCUAUGUCAAGGGUACUCUUCCCUAUGGUCUGCAGUUACAUCGUUCUAAUAUUUCAACUCUUUUGUCCUAUACCGAUGCUGAUUGGGGUGGCUGUCCUGACACUCGCCGCUCAACUUCUGGUUACUGUGUUUUUCUAGGUGAUAACUUAAUUUCUUGGUUAGCUAAACGACAACCUACUGUUUCCAAAUCCAGUGCUGAAGCUGAAUAUCGUGGUGUUGCUAAUGUUGUUUCUGAAACUUUCUGGAUUCGCAAUUUACUUCUUGAGCUACACUGUCCUAUUACCACAGCUACCCUUGUCUAUUGCGACAAUAUUAGUGCCGUCUAUUUAGCAGGUAAUCCGGUCCAUCAUCAGCGCACUAAGCAUAUUGAGAUCGACAUUCAUUUUGUUCGAGAAAAAGUUAAACGUGGUGAUGUUCGGGUGCUUCAUGUUCCAUCUCGUUAUCAGAUUGCUGACAUUUUCACCAAAGGCCUUCCCAAAGUGUUAUUUGAUGAUUUUCAUUCCAGUCUCAGCGUCUCCAAACCGGCCGAUUCGACUGCGGGGGUGUACUAG